UAUAGAUAUUCAUCCAAGAAUCUAGCAUUUCAUCCUCUUCUUCUUCUUCUUCUUCUUCAGAUGACAUGGAAACAUUUGAAAAGUGCACUAAACUCAUACUAUUUCAAUUGACAUUUCUUCAGUCGUGUCUCUGGGCUGCUACUCAUUUACUUCAGUAUUGGUGGUUCUACCACUAACAAAUGCACCCGAGGGUAAAUAGUGGUAAAAUGUGGUAGGAUCUAUAUGGCUACUCUGAAAAAAUUUGAUUUUUAAGACUGUAAGGAACUGGUUAUCUUUUUAUGUUGAUUGUCAACAUGCAAGAACGAGAGUGUGAUCUUGCCAUUCAUAACGGCUUGAUCCGAAUCGGCAAAUAUACACAGUGAAUUGUAGCUUUUAAGAGGUAACUCGACAUAAUAUGUCUAAAAAAAAAAUCAUAGAUAAGUCAUACAUCAGGAAAAAGGUCUCGUUUUAUUCAAAAAAGUUGAAUACCAUGAUCAUCACUAUUGAAGUAUCUGUGAUAUUCUUAGAUAUCAGGAGUUAUAAUUUAGUAAGUUUUAAAUGUAGAGUUAUAAUUUAGUAA